AUGGAGGCUCUUAUUUCUAUUGUUGGAUCCAUUCUUGGCUCUCUUGCUAGCAAAGCGGCCGAGUACACAGUUGAUCCCAUUGCACGACAAGUUAGUUACUUGUUCAAGCAUGAGAGCAAGUUUCAAAACCUCAAGACUCAACUUCAAAAACUGGAGGAUGAACGAGAAAGAAUGCAGCAAUCUGUUGAUGAGGCUAACAGGAAAUCAGAAGAGAUUUUUGUUGCUGUUGAUAGGUGGAUGACUGAGGUCAAUGGGAAGAUCUCUGAGCAGGCUGCAACACAAUUGAAGGAGGAUGAAGUGAAAGCAACGAAGAGGUGUUUCGCUGGCUUUUGUCCUGAUUUCAAAUCUCGUUACCAGCUAAGCAAGAAAGUGGAGAAGGAGGCCAACACCAUUGCUCAACUCUUGAACCAAAAAGACCAAUUUAAUGAUAGAGUUUCCUACCGUCCUGCUCCAAAAGGAAGGUCUACUAGACCUGUCGAAGACUACGAGGCCUUUGAGUCAAGAAGCAACCCUUUAAAUAGGGUGAUGGAGGCAUUGGAAGAUGAUAAUUUCAACAUAAUUGGAGUGUACGGGAUGGGUGGUGUGGGCAAGACCACACUUGUCAAAGAGGUUGCCAGACAAGCCAAGGAGAAGCAGUUGCUUGAUGAAGUGGUCUUGGUUGCUGUAACACAAAAUCCCGGAAAUAUUCAAAACGAGAUUGCCGAGAAGUUGGGCUUGAAAUUUGAUGAGACAAGCAUAGAUGUAAGAGGAAGUCGACUACGUGGCAGACUAAAGAAAGAAAAGAAGGUUCUUAUAAUUUUGGAUGAUAUUUGGGAGCCACUGGACUUGGAGGCACUUGGAAUUCCUUCUAGAGACGAACACAAGGGAUGCAAGAUCUUGAUGACGUCCAGGAAGCUCGAUGUCUUAAAAUCGAUGAACUCUCAGAAAAAUCUUCCGAUUGAUAUAUUGAAAGGAGAUGAAUCCUGGAAACUGUUUAAGAACAUGGCUGGUGAUAUUGUUGAAAGAUCUGACUUGCAAUCUACGGCAAUUAAGGUCUCCCAAAAAUGUGCGGGAUUGCCAAUCACUAUUGCAACGGUUGCGAAGGCUCUGAGGCAUAAGGAGAACUUGUUUGAGUGGACGGAUGCUUUGGAGCAACUAAAAAGACGCACCGAAGUAAACGUAGGAGGGAUGCCAAGUGAUGUUUAUUCAGCUAUAAAGUUGAGUUAUAACUUUUUGGAAAAUGAGGAAGUUAAGCAGACUUUCUUACUCUGCAGUAUAAUGGGUCAUAAUGCUGCCAUCGAGGACUUGUUGAGAUAUUGCAGGGGCUUGGGUUUAUUCCGUGGCCUUAACACAAUAGAAAAAGUACGAAAUAAAGUAUUGACACUGGUUAGUGAGCUCAAGGACUCUUUUUUGUUACUUGCUAGUUCUACCCCUGACUGCUUUGAUAUGCAUGAUGUUGUUUGUGAUGUUGCAAUAUCAAUUGCUUCAAGGGACCAUCAGUGGCUUGUAGGAGAGGAAGAUGUAUUCGCAGAGUGGUCAGAUAAGGAAACAAUCAGAAAUUUCAAUGCUAUUAUCUUACGGUUUGCUAAGGUUAGUGAGCUUCCUGAUGAGUUAGAAUGUCCAAAUCUUACCUUUCUCUCUAUGCGUAGUGAGGAUUCUUCUUUGAAAAUUCCUAACAAUUUUUUCAAGCAAACGCAAAGACUCAAAGUCUUAGAUUUUGCCGAAAUGCAUUUUUCAUCCUUGCCUUCCUCGAUUGGUUCCUUAAAAACUCUUUGUACAUUGUGUUUCUUAGGUUGUGUUUUAGAAGAUAUAGCCAUCAUCGGGGAGUUAAAAAAUUUAGAAAUCCUUGAUCUCCGUAGAUCUAGAAUUGAAAUGCUGCCAGAGAAAAUAGGACAAUUGACCAAGCUAAAAUUGCUAGAUUUGAGUGAUUGUGAGGAUCUUAAAAUAAUAUCCCCAAAUGUCUUAGCAGGUUUAUCUAGAUUAGAAGAACUAUACCUAUAUAAUAGCUUUGAUAGAUGGGAGGUUGAAGGACACGACAAUUCAAGAAGCAAUGCUAGCCUUGUUGAGUUGCAGCAUUUGUCUCAUCUGACCACUCUGGCAGUACAUAUUCAUAAUGAGCAAGCUUUGCCAAAAGAUGAGUUGUUUUUUGAAAAGUUGGAAAGAUACAAGAUUUCCAUUGGGGAUGAAUGCACGUGGCGCGAAUGCGAUGAGAUGGAAACGUCAAGAAUGUUGAAGCUCAAGAUGAAUGAAAGUAUUCAUUUGUAUGAAGGGGUUAAAAAGUUGUUGAGCGAAACUGAAAAUCUAUGGCUAGAUGAUGUGAAAAAUGUUAUGGACGUGCUUUAUGCCCCAAACACUGAAGGUUUACCACAUUUAAAGCAUCUUUGUGUUCGGAAUGUCUCAGCCAUGAAGUUAAUAUCUUGUAAAGAAUUUCCUCUUUUGGAGUCAUUGUCUCUAUGCAAUUUGAUCAAUUUAGAGGCAAUAUGUUACGGUCAACUCAAAGCUGGAUCUUUUGGACAACUAAGAGUCAUAAAAGUUGGGAGGUGCAAGGUGUUGAAGAAUUUGUUCUCAUUCUCCAUAGCCAGAGAGCUCCGCCAACUUCGAGAAAUUGAGGUAUGUGAGUGCGAGAAUCUGACCGAGUUAAUUGCAGAAAAGAAAGAGGAAGAGAUUGGUGCUAAUGAAGUAAUUGACAUUUUAGAAUUCAAUCAAUUACUUUGCCUAAGAUUACAAGAUCUGCCAAGUUUCAUUCGCUUUUGUAAUUACUCAGGAAAAAAGCUUUCCUCAUCUCAACAAGGAAAUGUUCAAUCAAAUGCCAUAUUGCUUUUUGAUCAAAAGGUUGUGUUCCCUGCCAUAAAGGAGUUGGAAUUAAGAUCAUUGAGUAGUAUUGAAAAACUAUGGGAUGAUCAGUUUCCAGCUGCUGUAAUGUCUUUUGGUUUUCAAAAUUUAUCAAGUUUGGUAGUGACGAGCUGUCAUAAAUUGAAGUAUGCAUUUCCUUCUUCAAUGGUUAAAAGCUUUGUGCAACUGAAAACACUUGUUGUAAGAGAGUGUGAGGAUAUGGAAGAGGUAAUAGCAGUCAGUGCAGAAGAAGAAAGGAAUAAAAUAAUGGUGUUUCCUAAACUUGAAUCCUUGGAUCUCUGCUUUCUUCCCAAUCUUAAAAGAUUUUGCUAUGGAAUUAAUCCAAUUGAAUUCCCUGUUCUAAGGGAACUAAGGAUAUUCAAUUGUUCUCUUCUAAACACGUUCCAUUGUGAUUGUACACGUAUUAGAAAUGAAGCAAGAAAGAGUAGCAGCAGCAGCAUCUCAAUUCCAAAAUAUCUAUUUGAUGAAAAGGUUGUGUUCCCUGCCAUAAAGGAGUUGGUAUUAGAAUCAAUGAGUAGCAUUGAAAAACUAUGGGAUGAUCAGCUUCCAGCUGUUGCACGGUCUUUUGGUUUUCAAAAUUUAUCAAGUUUGGAAGUGAAAAGCUGUCAUGAUUUGAAGAAUGUGUUUACUUCCUCAAUGGUUAAAAGCUUUGUGCAACUAAAAACACUUGUUGUGGUACAGUGUGAGGAAAUGGAAGAGAUAAUAACAGUCAGUGCAAAAGAAGAAAGGAAUAAAGCAAUGGUGUUUCCUAAACUUGACUACUUAUAUCUCGACGGGCUAUCUAAUCUCAGAAGAUUUUCCUGUGGAAUUAAUCCAAUUAAAUUUCCCGUUCUAAGGAAACUAAAGAUAACAGAAUGUCCUGCUUUGAGCACAUUUCAUUGUGAUUCUAUUACAAACGUUGGAAAGAGCAGCAACAGCAUCUCAAAGGAUCACAACCUUCAAAUUGAUGUACCACACUGUCUAUUCAAUGAUAAGGUUGUGUUCCCUGCCAUAGAGGAGUUGGUAUUAGAAUCAAUGAGUAGCAUCGAAAAACUAUGGGAUGAUCAGCUUCCAGCUGUUGCACGGUCUUUUGGUUUUCAAAAUUUAUCAAGUUUGGAAGUGAAAAGCUGUUAUAAUUUGAAGAAUGUGUUUACUUCCUCAAUGGUUAAAAGCUUUGUGCAACUAAAAACACUUGUUGUGGUACGGUGUGAGGAAAUGGAAGAGAUAAUAACAGUCAGUGCAAACGAAGGAAGGAAUAAAGCAAUGGUGUUCCCUAAACUUGACUACUUAUAUCUCGACGAGCUAUCUAAUCUCAGAAGAUUUUGCUGUGGAAUUAAUCCAAUUAAAUUUCCCGCUCUAAGGAAACUAAAGAUAACAGAAUGUCCUGCUUUGAGCACAUUUCAUUGUGAUUCUAUUACAAACGUUGGAAAGAGCAGCAACAGCAUCUUAAAAGAUCACAACCUUCAAAUUGAUGUACCACACUGUCUAUUCAAUGAUAAGGUGACACUUCCUAUGCUACAGCACUUGGAAAUUCAUUCCAUGGAAAACCUGGAAAGGCUAUGGCCUAACCAACUUGCUGAACAAUUCUUUUCCAAACUAGGUUACUUUGAAUUGAAACGUUGUGAUAAGCUAGUGAAUGUUUUCCCAUUGAGUAAGUUGACAAGACUUGAGAGCCUUGAGAAACUAAUCAUAUGGGAUUGUGAAUUGGUGGAAGAAAUAUUUGAACCCCAACAAGCAGAUGGUAGUACUGCAGCAGUUGCAUUUGAAUUUCCAUUGCUAACAUCUUUGGAACUCAUAAGAUUGCCAAAACUAAAGAAUUUUUAUCAUAAAAUGCAUUCUAUAAAUUGGCCAUCAUUAAAAGAGAUAGAGGUGAUUGGAUGUGACAAAGUGGAGAUAUUAUUUGGUUUUCAAGAAACAAGUCGAGAAAAGAGUGAAUAUGAAUUAAUCUCAAUUCAACAGCCCUUAUUUUGGGUGAAUAAGUAUACGUUCCCAACUCAACUUACUUUGGGAUGGAAUAAUGGGAUGAAAGAGAUGCUACAACAACUACAACAACAGCUACUUGCAUCCCACUACUCCAAACUAAAAGUUGUCAGACUUUAUGACUUUCCUGAACAAUUAGCCAUAUUCCCAUCUUACUUGCUCCACUUAUUAUCCUUUCCCAAUCUUGAAAAGCUUGAAAUAUGCGUAGCUUCCUUUAAAGAGAUAUUCCCAAGUGAAGGGGUUGGUGAGGAAAAGUCUGAAUCUGCACGGGUGCUACUCUCUCGGUUAACUGAAUUAAGGCUGAAAUAUCUUCCUGAAUUGAUGCAUCUAUGGAAGGAAAAGGAAGGGUGUCCCAAAUUAAAAAAUAAUUUAGUUCCAUCCACAGUUUCUUUCAAAAAUCUGGUGACUCUUGAAGUUGCAAGAUGUGAUGGAAUCAUAAAAUUAGUUGCAUAUUCCACAGCCAAAAGCCUAGUGCAGCUCAAAGAAAUGAAGAUAUGGUCGUGCGAGAAUAUAGAAGAAAUAACACAAGGUAGUGGGUAUGAUGAAGAUGAAGCAAAGGAUGAAAUCAGUUUCCCCCAACUCAACGUUUUGGAACUUAUUGGGCUAUCAAAGCUAGAAAGCUUCUGCUCAUCAGGGAAUUAUACCUUUGGAUUCCCAUCCUUAGUAACUGUAAUUCUGCAAAAUUGCCCAAAGAUGAAGAUGUUCUCUCAAGGAGACUCAAACACACCAUUGUUGCACAAAGUGCGGUUACAGACAAGGGGAAAUUAUGAAGAACGUUGGGAAGGCAACCUUAAUAGCACCGUACAACAACUGUUCAAAGAAAAGAAUGCUAUGGCGAGAGAAGAUGAAGAAUAUGAAGAUGAGAUUCUUGAAGAACAUCAAGAGGAUGAGGAAACUUCUGAAAUGGUGAAUUUCAAGGAUUGCAAAGCUGAGGAUAUCAAGAAUUUUCUAAAAUUGACCCAAUACCAAAUUCUGGUGGAUGGCUGUCACAUGGUCUGCCCUGUGCCUACCACAGCUCGUGGAGGGGCGGUUUAUUCAUCCUGUUUAGAACAUGUUCCAUUUUACUCAAAACCUUGUGCUGAAUUUCAUUGUGCCUCGGGCUAUUUCUGGUGGCCCUACCAUCAGUAUACUGAUAGCAGGAAACUAUGCAGCGCAAUUGCCCCUCACAGUUUCUCAUAUGGUGAGGGCUUAAGGCCAAUCAAUCCCAAGGAUAUUGAGUGGAAGAAUGGCAAGAAUCCAAUCUCCAUGGAAGUUUUCCUAGUAUUUCCCUCAUGUCAAGUUAAGAAGCUGGUCCUUGUCGAAUUUCAGGAAGGCUUACUUAUUUCAUUCUAG